AUGAAAGGGGGACUCCGUCUCGCGGGGCUCGGCGUCUCAUGUCUCAUUCUUUUCUCGUUAUAUUUACUCGAGGCACAUCUACAAGACAUUUGCAAUCAAUAUCGCGCUGGCGCAUACGUGAUUAAUUGGUUAGAUCGCACUGACACCCCCCUAAGUCCACAUGGCGAGAUUACACCGGGUGAUAAGGUGAUUGUGAUGGCCAAGCUGGAAGAAGAGCCUACCGAAUGGGUGGAACAAGAGCUUCCCGAUUGGCAACGAGCAAUCUACACCGUCAACCCCUCGCCCGAGACACAACUCAAUCCCGACGUUCUGACGACCCAAUUCAACAAAGGCCAUGAGUCUAUGGCCUACCUCACGUAUGUAAUCGAUAACUACUACAACCUUCCCUCAACCAUCGUCUUUCUCCAUGCCCACCGUUCAGGUUUCCUCAUGGCCUGGCAUGUCGAUGCACCACUCCACGACAACGUUAUAGCCAUGCGCAACCUCCGACUCGAUUUCGUCCAGCAAAAUGGCUACGUGAAUCUUCGUUGUAAUUGGAAUCCAGGCUGCAAAAAUACCCAUCGCUCCAAUAGUCAUGUCACCGAGGAGGUUUGGUUGGACAUAUUCGACGGCACGAGUACGCCUCCCUUGAAUACGUCCUCCUCCACGGAGCAGGAAUUUGCAGGCCAGACGUAUCUUCGCAAGCCUGCCGAGAUUGGCGCCGCAUGCUGCGCACAAUUUGCUCUCUCGCGAGAUCAGGUACGGAAGCGACCGCUGGAAGAUUACAUCAAAUUCCGGCAAUGGAUUAUCGAUACGGAACUUAGCGACGCUUCGUCGGGGAGGGUGAUGGAGUUUUUGUGGCAUAUCAUUUUUGGUAUGGAAGGGGUAUAG